AUGGCUUAUGAAUCUGAUGAUGAUGAACCUGUCGAGUCAGAAGAUGACUCUGAAGCUGAAGGACAAGUUGCCUCUGAAGAGGAUUGUGCCUCUGAAGGUGAACCAGAAUCAAAAAAUAAGUCUAAAGGUGACUCUGAAGAUGAAGAAGACUCUAAAGGGGAGCCUGACUCUGAAGAUGAAGAAGCCUCUAAAGGCGAGUCUGACUCUAAAGGUGAAUCUGAUUCUGAUCUAGAUUCUGAUGAUGAUCCAGAAUCUGGAGAGCCUGAAAAUGAUUUUGAGAGUGAGUCAGAAUCAAAAGGCGAGAUUUAUUCAGAGGAAGAAUAUGAUUUUGAUCCAGACUCUGAUAUUGAUUCAGAUUCUGGUGGUAGUCUAAAUUCUGAGAAUAUUCUAGAUUCUGAAGGUGGUCAUGCUUUUGAAUUCGGUACUUUUGAAGUUCCAGCAUCUGAUACUGUUCUAGAAUCAGAAGAAUCAAAAGGUUCUAAACAAGUUAAGAGGCCACAAAGAAUCAGAAAUAUUCCAAGAAGGUUUGCAGAGUUUGACAUGUUGCAAGAUACUGAAAUAGAUUAUGAAGGGGAAAUUAUUCAGUGUGCCAUGUUAGUAGACUCUAAACCCGUGAGAAUGGAAGAAGCUCUUAAGCAGAAAUUCUGGCUGAAGGCCAUGAAAGCUGUUAGUUCUGUGUUUUGA